ACUAAUACCACAACUAGUCGCUACUUCCUCAAAGCAGUUAAGCAGCUACCACAGAGAACCAUACAUCUCGAGUGAAGUAUUUUAUUCCACCCACAUACCAUCUGAGACGCACUAAUACGCUUUACUUGGAAGUCGCUCGCUCAUUGAAAUUUGCUGAUUAAGAAGCAUGGCACGACUUUUGCUCCUAGCGUCGCUAGCAGUUCUCCUAGUGUCCGCCUCAGCAGAAACCGUCACCACAGGCCCCAGCAAUCCCGCGGUCUCCCUAGAGAAGGCCCUAGGAUCCAAUGGUGUGGCGUCGGAGGUGCCCAGCGGCAUUGAGAAGGCGGCGGCGGCGGGCAACCUGGACAAGUUCGAGGGGACGACCGUGGUGAGCCCGAGCACGGACUCGAUGCUGAUGGUGGACGUGAAGAAGGCCGGGUGGAACGCGAUGAAGUGCCACAAGGACCUCGGCGCGCCCGGGCAAGGCGCGUGCACGCCCGCCAACUGCAGCAAGGGCGGCAUCCCCGCCAAGUGGAAGACGUCCAACCUGCUCAAGAACAAGCUCGGCGUGGAGGUGUAUGUGAAGGGGAAUCCGCUCACGCUCAAGAAGGCGUCGCCCCAGACGUGCUGCAACACGUGCGCGUCGUUCAAGAGCUGCACGUACUGGCAGUACAUCCCCGACAUCACCAUCGACGGCAAGAAGUCCGACGGCGCGUGCUACCUUGUACACGACGACAUCGACUACACGUGCGGCGAGCUCACCGCGCAGUACGCGACGGAGACGAAACCCGUGCACCUGCAGGUGCGCACGGGCGGCGAGUGCAACCCGCGCGCGAAUGUCGUCAACGACCCGCAUCUGGUCGGCGCGUUCGGCACCCACUUCGACUUCAACGGGCGCCCCGACAAGGCGUUCUGCCUUCUCACCGACAAGGAUCUCCACGUGAACAUGCUGCUCCGCGGGUACUACUCCGACGACACCGACAACGCGGCGCUGGUGGUGGACGGCAAGGCCGUGCACACGUGGAUCAAGGAGCUCGGCCUCGUGUGGUUCGCCAAGGGCGCCGACCACAAGCUGCGCCUGGCAGCCCGCGGCGGCAAGCAGCAGGAGCGCGGCGACGGGUUCAUGAAGACGAUCGAGAUCGACGGCGAGGAGAUCCCCAGGAUGAGCGUCGGCGACGAGGUGACAUCCGAGGGCGGGCUCACCCUGCGGUUCGCUGCGCUCGAGAAGGAGGGUCCGUAUGAUGUGGACUACUAUACCCUCAGCAUCGAGGGGCUGGUGGCUCUCGACCUGAGGCUGCGCGUGGCGAACCCGAAGCUGCAGACGCCCAACGACGCGGAGGCGCACAUCAACGUGGGCAUUGUGGAGCUGGAGCACACCGACGACGUGCACGGCGUGCUCGGCCAAACCUACCGCCCAGACCACGCGGCGCGCGCCGCCAACUUCCAGAAGCUGAUCGCGAACCUGCACCGUCCGAUCUCGUCCGACAGCGAGGAGGGCGUUGGGUUCCUCGACGGCACUCCCCGGUCGUACGAGUCGAGCUCCGUGCUGGCCGUGGACUGCGCGCACACCGAGUACCACCGCGCCAAGCAGCUGAGCCCCGUCGAGGAGUUCCCUAUGGAGCCCCUCAAUUAGACGCGCUUCACGGACGUGCUUGUAGCGAGUAUGGUGUAAUUUGGUGGGUUCCCUUGGUGGGCUGAUUUGUGCACGCGCUAUAGCGUGCAUCUGUAUUGUAUACAGGCCUAGAAUAAGGCCUAUUCUUUUGUUGUAGCUGGGCUCCUGCCCGUGGUCUAUCUUGAAAUUGCCAUCUGUUCCAAUCCUGCUGAGGAUCUCCUAAAAUUCUAUCACCAGAAUCAACUGUUUACAAGCAA